AGGUAUACUAGGAUACAGUUGAGAUCUAACACUAGUUGAGGAAGAUUAUAUCUUAUCAGAGGCAGCUACCAUUUUAUUUCAAGGAUGUUUGCCAUAAGCCUGAUCUGUCUUGUGGCAGCUAUUGGUUUGUCUGAGUGUGCUCCUCUUCCUCAGUUUGGGGGAUUUGUCAAUGCCCUUGAACAUGCAGAAUCCGCCAUAUUAGGAGGAUUAGGUUUGGGCGGAGGGUUUGGCGGAGGAUUUAGUGGAUCACAGUCUCAAGCACAGUCUGAAUCCCUUGGCGGAGGUUUUGGCGGAGGACUUACCGGAUCACAGUCCCAAUCCCAGUCUCAAUCCCUUGGUGGAGGGUUUGGCGGAGGACUUAGUGGAUCACAAUCUCAAUCCCAGUCUCAAUCCCUUGGCGGCGGGUUAGGCGGAGGAUCACUGUCUCAGUCCCAGUCUCAAUCCCAGGCCGGAUCCUUUGGUGUUGGAUUUGGCGGAGGGUUUUCUGGUGCUCAAUCUCAUGCAGGAUCUGUGGGAGGCGGGGGGUUGAGUGGAGCGUCUUCCCAGGCCGGAUCAUUUAGCGGUGGAUUUGGAUUCGGCGGUGGAUUUAGCGGAGCUGAAUCUCAAGCAUCCUCUUUGGGCGGAUUUAGAGGAUAGAUCAUAUUCUUCUAUUUGUUUUAUCUUAUAAAAUACUGCACAAAGUUUUAUUAAUUAGCCAAUGUAACAAAAGCAAAUUUUGUUUCUGUUAAAUGAAAUUGAAUAAGAAAAACGGUGCUGUGGUGUCCCUGUCAGUGCCCCAAAGCCUGAUCAAUUGCUGUACAACGAUUUCCUUAUUGUAAGUUAACUUUAGAAAAAUAACUUUUGAGAUAUUUCAAAUGAAAACGAAACAUGUAACAACUCUAUAUGUUCAUCUAUUUAGAUUAAUAAACUAUAUUUUGUUCAA